GGAGCUACUGGACUGAUACACAGCUGAAAACCCUCAGUUUUGGACUGAACUCCCAGCAGUUUCUAAUCAGGUGUGGAGUUGCAAGAACUCUGGAAAAGAUGUUGGUGCUAAACUGUUCUACCAAAUUACUGAUACUGGAGAAAAUGUUGAAGAGUUGCUUUCCUGAAUCACUCAAGGUUUAUGGAGCGGUGAUGAACAUAAAUCGUGGGAACCCCUUUCAAAAGGAAGUGGUGUUGGAUUCAUGGCCGGAUUUCAAAGCUGUUAUCACCCGACGACAAAGAGAGGCUGAGACAGAUAACCUUGAUCAUUAUACUAAUGCCUAUGCUGUGUUCUACAAGGAUGUCAGGGCUUAUCGACAGCUAUUGGAAGAAUGUGAUGUUUUUAACUGGAACCAAGUUUUUCAAAUACAAGGGUUGCAGAGUGAGUUAUAUGAUGUUUCCAAAGCGGUUGCCAACUCAAAGCAGUUGAAUGUAAAGCUAACUUCCUUCAAGGCUGUUCAUCUUUCUCCUGUUUCAACUCUGCCAGAUACCAGUUUCCUGUAUGUAAACCAAGUUUUUGCAUUUGGGGCAGGACUUACUGCUAUAGAAGUACAGAUAGGCCUACUGAAGAGUCUCCACGCUGAGUUCUUGCCUUGUCGCUUCCACAGGCUUAUUCUCACCCCUGCGACUUUCUUUGGCCUGCCUCACCUCUAG